AAAAAUAGUAACAAAUGUGGAAAUAUAAAGUUCUACAAAUUAUGGAUUAUCAUUUGAUUGUCUGAAUACUCAUGAGGUAAUCAUGACGACUGAAAAAACAGACAACGCCAUCAAGAACUUGCUAGCGCUGAAGAAAAAAUCUCUUGAAGUAAAAAUUAAUCUUGAUGGUACACCAUAUGAACCAAUUGAAAACAUUGGCAUUGGAGCGUACGGCGUUGUUUGUUCGGCAAAACAUAAGAAAACCAAGGAAAGAGUAGCUAUAAAGAAAAUUCCAAGUAUUUUUGAUAACAUCAUCAUCGCAAAGCGGACCUACAGAGAGAUUAGGAUCUUGCGACAUUUCAAACAUGACAACAUAAUUGGAGUACGGGAUUUAUUGAAACCUGACGAUACGAAUAUUUUCAAAGAUGUUUACGUCGUGUUGGAUUUUAUGGAAAGUGAUCUCCAUCGUAUUAUUCAUUCAAGACAGGAUUUAACCAAUGAACAUGUUCGAUAUUUUUUGUACCAGAUUCUAAGGGGUCUCAAAUAUAUCCAUUCAGCGGAUGUCAUCCACAGAGAUUUGAAACCGUCCAACUUACUCGUGAAUGAGAACUGUGAACUAAAGAUAGGAGACUUCGGUAUGGCCAGAGGUUUCCAUACAUCCCCCGAAGAGCAACAGUAUUACAUGACGCAGUAUGUCGCCACACGCUGGUACCGUGCCCCAGAGCUCAUCAUGUCUACAGUUGAGUACACAGGGGCAAUAGAUAUGUGGUCCGUUGGAUGUAUCCUAGCAGAAAUGUUGGGAAGAAAACAACUUUUCCCUGGUAAAGAUACUUUGGAUCAGCUGGGUAGAAUAAUCAAGACACUAGGGGUUCCCUCUAAGAGCUUUAUGGAGACAUGCCACUCUGAUUCAGCUAAGCAUAUCAUUCAAGGAUUUGCCAAAAUGUGUAACCCUCUACCUCUACGAGUGCGUUAUCCUAAAGCCAACGCCAAUGCAGUGGACCUCCUACAAAAGCUCCUGGUGAUUGACCCAAAGAAACGUCUCUCUGUUGACGAGGCUUUGAAACAUCCAUAUUUGGCAAAAUAUCACGACCCUGAUGAUGAACCACUAUGUGUUCCGGUGUUUAAUUUCGAUUUUGAAAAAGAGAAAAUGGAUGGAAAAGCCCUUAGAAGUGCCAUAACAAAGGAGAUCAUGGCUUAUCAUAAGCCAAAGAAAAUCACUACAAUCUCAUUGGAUAGUCCCACACUUCCUUUGAAAGCCCCAUCUAGUGAGAAUUCAGAAAUACAAGUAUUAUCUCAACAAACAGUAGCGCCAUCUAGUGGAACUUUACAGUUCAUUAAUAAACAGACUGGGGGUGAACAAUCUGGAACAUUACAGUUCAUUAAUAAGCAGUCAGCUAGUCAAACAUCGUUGCCAUUCAUGAAUAAACAGACUGAGCAGCCUCAAACUACUGGCACGUUACAGUUUCUACAAAAACAGAAUAACUCAGAGCAGCCAUUUAAGACAUCAACAACCCAACCCUUUCAACCAUCAAAAACUGAACCCUUUCAACCUUCAACAACUCAAGCAUUUGGAGCUGCAACACAACCAUUUCAACCUUCAACAACAACACAGUCGUUUCAAACUUCAACAACACAAAACUUUGGUGAAGCAUCUACCCAGGAAGGCAAUUUGAAAACUAUUGAUACAACAGCAUUAAAUUUUAUAUCAGGGACUAGUAAACCACAAGAGGUAAAUAUUGAAGCAUCUAGAAGUCAACAAAAACUUGUGUUUAUUGCACCAAAGACAGAACAGUCAUAUCAGUCUGGUCUUCAAGCUUUUUUAAGCCAAUACACCAGGUCCCAAACCCCUAGUGGAGUGAAUACUUUAAAGAACUCAGUCCCCAUACAGACUCACGUCAUUAGCACACAAAGUGGCACGAAUAAGCCAAUAAUAACAGUGCAAAUGUCAAAUGAUGGCUUUAAGAAGCCAGCUGAUGUAGAUCCAGUGAAAGUAGUUCCGGCACAGCAGAUUACUACACCACAUGAUAUUGAAAUGUUGAGUGCGAAGUCCACGGAUGGCUCCAAGAUGGACAUCAGUACUUCUGGGAGUGAAAAGGAAAGUUCUGAUGUGGAAAAACCUCCAGUAAUAACAGACACCAAGGCUUUAUUAAAGGCAGCAUUACAAGAUAAACUUAGAAAAGCUGAUGGAAACACUGCCCCUAAACCACUACCAGUGACAGCUCUUCAGAGGCAAAAGGAACGAGAGAAACGGAGGAAAGAAAAAAUUGACAAACAGCUUCAAAAGAAGAAGCAGAAGCAAAAGGAGGGGAAAGGGAAGAGUCCUCUAUUAACUACAGAAGACAAGAAUAUGCUUGAACGUUGGAAAAAACUACAGUCUGAUCAGCCGGAUUCAAAUCAACCACAAACUGAAGUGGGUCCUAAUCAUUCGGAUGUCACCAUCGAAGGACAGAUCAUAUCGAUUAAAAGCCCAGAUGAUUCUGGGAAAGCACAAAAUGAGAGCACAAACUCUGAUCUGGAUUUUAUCACUGCUUUAGUCAGUGGGGAUUCUCCGGGGUUGAAGGUACUACCCACUUAUAAUGAAGCUAUGGAAGCCAAGGUACUAGCUGGGAUUCAUACAAAUGGGACAGUUAAACAAGACAUUUCCUUGAAUCAAAUACAAGAAAGCCAACCUGGCAGUUUUCUUAAUCCACAACCCCCUAAAGAUCCGCUCGGAUUUCUGAACGGUGAUUCAAAAGAUUCCCCGCCUACUAAUCAGUCAUUGAUGUUCAUAAAUCCGGACACUCAUCCUGUACCGCAGGUUACUAAGCAACAAGCUGAGCAGGAUCUUAUCUCUAUAGUAACCAAGCAGUUGUCAAGGUCAGCCAUGGAUGACCCAUUGACCCUGGCUGUGACCCCCAAGGGAACUGGGGCAGGGUAUGGUGUAGGGUUUGACAUUGAUGAUAUACUACAAGUUGUUUCUACAGACCAGAAAGAUCUCAGUGAAAGCAUGAAUCUAGACUCAGCUCCACCUCUUUCCGCAUCACUGAUUGCUGAUUGGUUAGAUGUCACUGGGAAUGUUGAUCCAAAGGACCUUGAAACGUUCCAAGGUGACCUUGAACUUGGAUCUCCCAUGGUGCUCUCUGAUUUAGGAUUAUCAGCACAGCCAUUUCCAUCUUCGUGAGUCUUCACACAGAGAGGGAGUUAUACUAAAGAGAGUCAAAAUUGUGUCAUAGAGAUUAUAUAUACAGUAAUGUCAAAAAGACUUUGUAUAUGGAUGUGUGAAAUGUUGCAGUCUCUAUGGAUUUAUGUUACCGAUUAAAUGUGAUGUCAAAGAAGUUUGAAAUGCUAUAUGGAUGUGUAGCUUUGCCGUCUUCAAUACCAAAAUAAUGCUUACUAAUAAUACCUGUAUGUGAUGUCAAAGACUUGAAAUUGCAUAAGGAUGAAUGUGACAUUUUAACUUUAGGAACAUUUGUGAUCUAAAAAGACCUGAAGUCAUCUGGAUUAUGGGUACUUUCCAAGAAACUUGAAAUUGUAAUAUUGAAUACUAGUACAUGUGAUGUCAAAGACUUAAAACAUUUCUUUGUUUUGUGAUAAAAUUCAUACAUAUGUGGAUUGAUGCAGACUUGAAAUAUUGCAAUAUGAUUAA